GGUCACGUGUGUCGCCCGCGGCGGGCCGAUCUGGGCGCGGGACGGUGAGUGGCUUCCUCGGGAGGCUUUCCUCGCCUUUCCCACCCCCUUGACUGGAAAGGGCCCGGAGGCGACCGCAGCGACAGCUCCGGGGAGGAACGGCGGCGUCGCGGGAGCGAGGCUGACCGGACACCUGCUGGCCCGACGGAGAUGGAUGCCGAGGUCAGAAAUGGCUCGAGCCUCAGGGAUGAGCACAUCACAAACUUGCUGGUGUUCGGCUUCCUCCAAAACUGCUCCCACUCCAAGUUCCAGCAUGAGCUGGAGGGGUUGGCCUGCGAGCUGUCCGUGCGCACUUACCUGCCAGAGGACGACAGCGAGCUGCAGACGGAUGGCAACCGGGCCAGCUACCGCAGCUUGGGACGAAUAGAGGCAGACUCUGACAGCCGAGAAGACGUCGCCAUCCAGAACAUCGCGAGGCACCUGGCCCAGAUUGGGGACAGGAUGGAGCGCAGCAUCCACCCGCGUCUGGUAGACCAGCUGGCCGCGCGGUUCCUGGACCCCCGCCUGUCCCAGGAGGACAGAAGGCAGUCCCUGGCCUCCGCCCUGCAGCAAGCAAUGCUGACGUGCCCCCGAGACCUGGAGACGGAGAAGGCCAUGCUGGUGCUGACCAUGCUGCUGGCCAAGAAGGUGGCCGACCACACGCCAGCCUUGCUCCGCGGGGCCUUCCACACGGCAGUGAGCUUCAUUAGCCAGAACCUGCUCGCCUACGUGAGGAGCCUGGCCAGACACGACACCGACUGAAUGGCGGCUGUGCUGCAGCAGAGCACCACACUGGAAGCGGUAGUCGCUGCCUGCCUUGUCCCGCGGUGGAGCCGUGGCCUGUACCCCAAGUUCCUAGAGGAGACAGGCACUGAUCAGGGCUGUUCCUCCCCGUUUUGGAGAUGCUGUUGUAAGGUGGUAGCUCACGUGGAGUUCCUACAUUAAUAAUACUUGAAUGAAAAUGCGGA